UAUGUGGGAAGUCGCAAGAACACUCCACGCCCGCUUUUGUGAUAUUUGGACAUUCCCACCCGGUGUCAGGGGAAGGUGACGUCGAUAGCGACGGCGACGACGACGGCGACGGCGACGGCGACGGCGAUAACGUUGAUGCAUGCAAAUUCAUUCUUAAACGUCGAUUACUAAUAACCACGGUUUAGAAAUGACACGUUCCAAAUUACGAGUGUAAAAAUUAUAAAAAUCUAUAAUAUAUAUGUACAUAUACUUAUAUAAUAUAUAUCUCGAUGAAAAGUAAAUUCAAUGUCUCACGUUUAUUACAACGAAUUAUGGCUCAUUACGAGAAACGACUUGGAAAAGCUGUUAGAACUCGAACGAGGAUUGCAAAAAAGUGCACCGUUAAAAAAAGGAGUUGCUUUAAAUUCAGCUUUAUCUAUAUAUCUAAGGAAAGUGCUUAAAUCAACUUUAUACCGUAAUAUUGUAAGAAGGCUCAUCAUGUGUUACGAUCAAAUGGUUCAGACACAGAAGCGGGAAUUAAUUAAGAAGAUGUUAGAUUGUGCCAUUGGGCGAAUGCUAGAAUACAAAAAGAAAAUUGUCAAUCUGAAUUAUUCAGAUUAUCAAUGGGCUGACGAUAUUUUGAAUAAAAUGAAAUUCACGCCAGACGACAUCGAGCUGUUCGUAUCGGUAUCUGGCCGAGAACGUUUAGAUGAACGCAGAAAAUUUAUUCAAGAGUUGGAGGAGAGUGCUCGCAGAGUACCAGAGACAAGAGAACGCAGCCUUUCGCAAAUACACCUUGAGAGUAUGCCCAGCAUUGAGAUGGAAGAUGAGACGUUGAAGACGCGCGCUACUCGAAGAAGAAUACGCGUCGUGCAACCCUCGAAGAUAGAGUUAAUUCACGAAUCGCCUGAGGAAAAAGCAGCCCGAGAAGCGAAGCUUGCUGCUGAAAGAACUAUGCGUAACGCGAUAUUAUUGAUACAGAGUCAUGAGAGAGCUAGAAAGGGACGCUGUUAUGGUGCAGAUGUGAAACGUAUGUACGAUUACAACAAGAAAGUGAGAACUGGAGAAAUAAUACCGAGAAAAAUAGAUCGUAUCAAAUACAUGAAGUCAGUGGUGACGAUACAACGCGCAUGGCGGCGUUACGCUGCUAGAAAAGCUAUGAGACAACGAAUUGCGCGUCUCGAAGACGCUUUGGGUAUGACGAUACCGAGCUGGCGAUAUCGCGAGACAAUCGCGAAGGAUGAUGACAACUUUCAGCGACGACGUGCUCUGAUGCCCGUAUUUGACGCACGCACGAAGAAGGCAAUCAGUGACGAACGUACAAGGCUGCUGAAAAUCAGAGGUCCUGGACUAGUGGAGGACAUCACUGAUGAGAUUCGCGAGUGGUUCGUCGUUUGGUACAACGCAUUAGGACACUACGACGUGUUCCCGGCAGCGGAUGUUGGUGGCAGCGUGCUGAUCGUGACCGGGCAAACCUUGACGCCGCAGGAAUAUCUAUUGGAAAAAUUAGAAAAAGAGAAAAAAGCCAAAGGCAAACGAGCUGAGAGAAUGGCACUAUUUCCCGAAGCUGAAUCGAUCAAGACCAAAGUUCCUGGUUCGAAGAUGCCGCAAACGGAUGCUCUGUCUUGCUUGAAUGAAACGAACAUCGAGUUCAUUCGAAAUUGGAGCUUUCGCAAAGAAACAAAUUCAGAGCAGGAAUAUCUGGAUUUGAUCACCGAGAAACUUGGUUAUGAGUUGCAGCUUGAAAUGAGGGAGAUAGUAGACGAAUUGAUGAGGGCCGAGCUGGAAUUAUUAAACGAGGCAUUGCUGAAAGAUCACGCAUAUGAUAAGGAGAAAUUCACGAUUCCUACAAUGGACAAAAAGGAUGUAACGAUAGAUAUUGACAAAAGGAAGAGAAAGAAGGACAUUUUGGAAGAUGUGACUGACGAGGAUCUCUUCAGCGAGCUUGUACAAGCUCAAAUUAUUAGAAAUUACCCAACUAUUUUCUUACGCGAUUGGUUUGGCGAUCUUUCCUAUCAAAAUUACGAGGCACGUCGCGAAUUUCGACAUUAUAAGCCUCGGCUUGGAGAGGUAAAGCAGCUCGUCUUGGAGUAUUGCGUAUUGCCUUUAAUUUCCAAGGAGACACAUAAACUUGCACCGUUAGUGCGUUCUGUAUGCAUCUAUGGAUUACCGAGAGCCGGAAAGACUUCACUCGCCAAUGCCAUUUGUUCAGAAAUUGGCGCAUUACUUAUCAAUGUAUCACCAUCCGUUUUAUUUGAUAAAUACAUGGGUAAGGAAAAUCAACAGAGACUCAUUGACACAAUCUCUAAAGUGGCUCGCAUUUACGCACCUUCUAUCAUAUUUCUCGAUGCUGGCGAGAAACCCUGGUUGAAAAAAGUUCCACCAGAGGAAAUAGAUCUUCGACCCAAGCGAUUCGCCAAUUAUUUUGUUAAACUAAUGAAAGGCAUUAAGCCGGGAGAUCAGAUACUGUUUCUCUCGCUGUCCGAAGAACCUCAAAAGGCGACGAAAGCUUUCAUCAAGUUCCAUGAUAAAUUUAUAAUGGUGCCCGCCACCGAUUACAACACUCUUUACAUGUAUUAUAAGGAUCUACUGAUGAAAUAUCACGGCGUCGAUCGCGGCAUCGAUGUCUCCUGUUUGGCCAAGAUGUCCGUCGGGAUUCCUCUAAACUUUAUUCGGCAAGCUGUGGAGAAGGUGCUGUCGCCGCGCCGAAGAAUCACUCUUAAAUCCAAUCCGUUAAGUCCGAUAGAGAUUAUGGAUGAGAUAUUGACGUAUCCAUAUCCUACGGUGGAGAUGGUGAAGAAUCUUGAUGAAUUUGAGAGACGCACCCCACUUGGUAGAAGAGCCGAAGCUUCCUAGGAAGUUUGCGACUUUCGGAAGAAACGCGGAAGAUGAUGGGAAAGACUUGGAGACACAGAGAGAGAGAGAAUGAAUAUACGUACCUCUAAUGUGUAAUAUGUCAGUCUCGAACGUGUUGCCAACCCUUACACCCUCCCACACCUGACCUCGGUCUCAAAGCGGAGGAGGAACCCAGUAG